AUGUCGUCGGCCUCCGUUCGAACCGGGCAAGCGGCAUUUUAUAUCGGCGGGUCUAGCACUGACUUUCCUGGAUUUGCUCAACUCAUACUGGACACAGCCUUCCCGGCCCUAACCCUCUUUGUGCUGGUAUCCAUUUGUCCAGACUCACCCUGGUGGCCAGCUGUCACGAAGAGAGGGUGUCCACGCUUCCUUGGAAUAACGGACUCAUGCUGUUGA